AUGCCCAAAAGAAAGGCUGCAAGCGAUGCCAGUCAGGAGCCAAAGAGAAGAUCAGCCAGACUGUCUGCUAUGCCUGUGCCCUUUAUACCAGAGUUGAAACCUAAAAGAGCAUCAACUCCAAGGAAAAUGAAGGCCACAAAUGUUGCAGUAGAAGAAAAAAAGGAUGCAGGUGCCGUAACAGUUCCUGAAAGCAAGCCCCAAGAUGUUCAGGAGGCGUGUAACAUGGACAAGGCUGAAAAUGGAGAAGCCAAAGUUGUGGAGGCACCCAUUCCAAAGAUGGGAGUGGAGGAAGUCAAAGAAGAGAUGAAUGAAAAUGCUGAAGAAGAUGGAGGAGAAAAGAAAGAAGCAGUGGCAGCAGAAGAAAAAGAUGAUGAGCUGGAGGAAAACAUCCAAAAUUUAGAGAAAGCUGAAGAUGGAGAAGAGGACAAAGAUAAAGAUGAGGAGGUGAAAGAUGAAGAGAGGGAAGGAGUCCUGGAAGAGAAGCCAGAGGCAGCAGGAAGUGGGGACGCCAAAGAGGACAGAGAUGAUGAAGGCAAAGGCGGUGAUGAAAAAGAAGACAGCAAACAGGAGGAAGGGGAUGGGAAGAAGGAAGAAGAGAAAGAUGACGAAGAAGAGAAAGCUGAAGCCGAGGAAGAAGUUGAGGAACAGAAAGAGGAAAAAGAAGAGGAAGGUGGAAAGUACAAAGAGGAAAAUAAAGAAGAUGAACAGGAAGGCCCGAGUGAGGGAGAUGGAAAGGAGAAAGAUGAUGGGAAAGAGGAGGAGAGGAAGGAGGAGGAAGGCAAAGAAAAGGAGGCUGCAGGGAAAGGAAAUGGUGAAGACAAGGAGGAGGCCGAACAAGAAGCUGAAAACAAAGAUUCCAAACAAGGUGGAGAAGAGGAGGCGUCUCUGAGUAUUGUCUAAAAUUGCCCUAUGUGACAUCAUAAUUUGGUGACAUGUACCUUCCUGUUGU